AUGUCAUUCUCACCUAUUCCACCAAAUAUGCUCAGCGCUUUGUACUCUCAACACGUUGCGUACAGCGCAGAGCUUGCAUCAACGCACCACGCACUGAGCAAGCUCUACAAGAAGCUGGCCAAGGUCGAACGAGUGCUAGCUGAGCGAGACGAGCGACAGUUGUCCCGGGCCAACAAGAAGAAAUGGCAGUACACUCGUGCUAUAUCGAAACGAGCGGUCACGAAUCUGGAAACGCAGCAAGCAGAACUCCAUGACAAGCUGUAUCAAUGCAACAACCUCAUUGCAUCGUUUGAGCAAGGUGCUUACAAUUCUCCGAUGACGCCGUGGACCGCACAGAUGCCCCCGUCGCCCUUCCUGUUCACGCCAUUCAGCCCGGUUGCGUAUCCUCCGUGGCCUGCAUCUUCUCUCAGCUGCCUCAGGCCUAGUGGGAGCGGUGCUAGCGGACAGUCUGGAACACAGCCGCAGUAUUGGGAUUUGUCGAUGCUGCGAGAGCGACGCCACUCCUCGCCGUACGGCUCGUCUGCCGACAGUGGGUUCUAUGAGCCUCUUGUUCACGGGCUUGGGCCUCGCGACGAGCCCAUCCAUGAUGCAAACCAUGUGUACGCGCACGAGCUCAUGUCACCCCUGGCUCCCAUUUUCCACUCUCAGCCGGCGGAGUCGAAUGGCGUGGAAGUGGAUGGCGAAGACUCGACUUCGGCAGCGGAGCAGAGGAAUGAGGUCCUGGCACCCAAGACACCAGUCUCACCUGCCCGAGUGGGCGCCGAGAGCACAAAACCACACAAGCGAUGUUACUCAGUCGGUACGGCAGCACCGCAGAUCAAGAGCCACCUGGAAGCGCCAUCGACCAAGAGGGCAAACAGCGUUGGGGGACCGAGGAAUGUAAUUGAGGAAACACUCGCGGAGGCGAGCAGAGAAAUGGAGAUUGCGUGA